AUGGCUGCCAUGCAGAUGGAUCCUGAGCUUGCCAGGCGCCUCUUCUUUGAAGGGGCCACCGUGGUCAUCCUGAAUAUGCCCAAGGGGACAGAGUUUGGCAUUGACUACAACUCCUGGGAAGUGGGGCCCAAGUUCCGGGGCGUGAAGAUGAUCCCGCCGGGCAUCCACUUCCUCCACUACAGCUCUGUGGACAAGGCCAAUCCCAGGGAGGUGGGCCCUCGCAUGGGCUUCUUCCUUAACCUGCAGCAGCAGGGGCUGAAGGUCCUACGCUGGGAUGCGGCCCGGGAAGAGGUCGACCUGUCCCCAGCCCCAGAGGCUGAGGUGGAGGCCAUGAGGGCCAACCUCCAGGAGCUGGACCAGUUCCUGGGACCUUACCCCUAUGCCACGCUCAAGAAGUGGAUCUCCCUCACCAGCUUCAUCAGUGAGGCCACCGUGGAGAAGCUGCAGCCCGAGAGUCGGCAGAUCUGUGCCUUCUCAGAGGUGCUGCCCGUGCUCUCCAUGAAGCACACCAAGGACCGGGUGGGGCAGAACCUCCCCCGCUGCGGCAUCGAGUGCAGGAGCUACCAGGAGGGCCUGGCCCGGCUGCCCGAGAUGAGGCCCAGGGCGGGCACAGAGAUCCGCUUCUCUGAGCUGCCCACACAGAUGUUCCCGGCGGGCGCCACACCGGCUGAGAUAACCAGGCACAGCAUGGACCUGAGUUACGCCCUGGAGACGGUGCUCAGCAAGCAGUUCCCCUGCAGCCCCCAGGACGUGCUCGGUGAGCUCCAGUUUGCUUUCGUGUGCUUCCUGCUGGGGAAUGUGUAUGAGGCCUUCGAGCACUGGAAGCGGCUCCUGAACCUUCUGUGCCGGUCAGAAGAGGCCAUGGUGAAGCACCACACCCUCUACAUCAACCUCAUCUCCAUCCUGUACCACCAGCUUGGCGAGAUCCCCGCCGACUUCUUUGUGGACAUUGUCUCCCAGGACAACUUCCUCACCAGCACCUUACAGGUUUUCUUCUCCUCUGCCCGCAGCGCUGCUGUGGAUGCCACCCUGAGGCAGAAAGCCGAAAGGUUCCAAGCUCACCUGACCAAGAAGUUCCGGUGGGACUUUGAGGCGGAGCCUGAGGACUGCGCCCCGGUGGUGGUGGAGCUCCCUGACGGCAUGGGGACUGGCUAA